AUGGAGUCCGACAAAGAGAAGAAUCAUUUUCUAGCAUUUGACUUGAUGGAAGGAAUAAAUGUUCAUGCUAUUGAAGCGAAAAUUGCGAAGUACCAGGAAGAAAAUGCUGAACAAAUAAUGAUUAACAAAGCUCGUAAGAUAGUUCAAAAUAAGAUCGCCGUGUUUUUUACCCUUAGUACCUGCGCUGGAGAGCUUGCUGCAGCUCUAGCAGCAAGCAAGGGACAUCCUCUACAGAAUGAAACUGAUGCGGGUGUGAGUCAAGGCUCUCAAGGAGGGGGGCAUGAUAUGCACGGAUACACUUUUGACGAUAUAGAAAUGAUGAAGGUGCGAGCAGAGAGAGGUGGUAGGGCAGGAGGGUGGAGUGGAGAGAUAAGCAGGAAGAGGGCACUUGAAGAAGCCUAUAGUAGCGUUUGGAUUUGUUAGCUCUGUAAUUGUAAGAGCAGAAACAUGCCUUUUUUUUCAUGGAAACAAAAUUGUACAAUCAUCAUUAGUUAUUACUUAUACAAUGAUCAUUGUUUAGGACUCUUCUUAUGGAAAUUGGUAUGUCUCAACGAGGUAUUGAAAAGAUGUUUCGUUUUA